AUGGAGAAUGAAUAUAAUAGUGAAGGUCGUCUACCUAUUCAUGAAGCUGCUUUUCGCAAUUAUGACAAUGUUGUAGAACGAAUUUUAACUAGUUUGGGCUCGAGAAGUAACUCUAAAAUUUAUGAAAAUGAAGAUAAUAAAAGCGACGACGAUAAUGAACAUCUCAGUCUUCUUCAUCGAACACGUAUCCAAGAAAUGAUUGAAGCAAUAACAUAUGAUUAUUUUCGUUUAACACCCAUAUUGGCUGCAACUGUUGGUAAUGCACCUCGUACGAUUGAAUGUCUAAUAAGUCAUGGAGCUAAGGUGACCUGUCGUGAUGGUGACAACCGUUCUAUGGCUGCAAUAGCUAUUUUCAAACAAAAUAUUGAUUUAUUUCUGUACUUUGCCACAGCAUCAUAUGCAAAUGAACUUGAUUUAUGGAAUACAUUGAUGACUAUCUUUACAUCUAAAGUUAUCGAUGAGUCAGCAGCUGCCGGUCAUUUACUUGAACAAUUGACAUCCUCCCAGAACGUCAGUUUUGUAUGGCCAUUUAUCUCUAAUUUACAUGUUACUGAAAAAACUAUACAAGUACUUAUACAACACGUCAAUAAUAACAAUAACAAUAAUAAUAAUAAUCUUGCAAACGAUUCAUUAUUAGCGAGUUGUUUAAUUAUUUUUUAUAAUCUUAUGUAUGUUGAUCCGAAUAUCCGAGCGAUAUUCAGUCAAAAUGAAGAUGGCGCACGAGCACUUGUAAAAAUGCGAAAAACAAAUGAAGCUAUUGUACUUAUUUUUUCUUAUAUAGUAUGUCAUUUAUGUGACAAUAUCCAUUGUAUUCAAGCAUUGAUCAAUCAAAAUCUUCUGGGUGAUUUACAAACUCUAUUAGAUACGGACACGAUGAAUAUUCCAAAAAAUCAAGUAUGUCUCUAUUUUGAUAUUCUUGGUAAAAUCGCUCGUUGUAAAAAAGAAUUUCAAGAAAUUAUACAAUAUUCAUCAGCAACCAAACGAACAAUUCUCGAUCAAGCUAUUGAUUUACUUGAACGAUUCGAUCGUGAUUUAACAAUAUCAAUACUUCAUUUCAUACGUGAUUUAUGUGCGGAUAACGAACAACAACAACAAAUAUGUGCUGAUAAUAAUUUAUUGAUUGCACAUUUAUUAAGUGCACUUAAUUCAACAUAUAAAGAUGUGCAACGUUCAAGUGUUGAUACACUUCAAAUGAUCAUUAUGCAUAACACUGUUUCGCAAUACACUAUUUUACAACAAGGUGGUGCUGAACAACUUCUUACAUUAUUAACUAAAGCAACAUUACCGAAACUACGUGUGUCUAUCAUAUCUACACUUUGGUCAUUGACAGGAGAAGAAUCGAAUCGACGACAAUCGAUGGCUCAUGCGAUCGGAGUAUCUACUUUGAUAGAAGUAUUAAAUGUAAAAAUGACUGAUCAAUUGUAUAUUGUUCUUGAUGCUAUCAGUGAACUUCUUCGACAGGUACCAACAGAAAAGGGAAAUAUUCCAUUAAAAUUUGGACGACGACAUUGUAUACCAUCGAUUGUUCGUAUAUUAUCUAUUGAUUAUGAGCGUAAAUUACUGCUUAAAUGUUUAAUUUGUAUUCAACAACUAUGUCUUUUGCCUACAUAUCGGCCGUGUCGAAUAAAUCAAACGAUAUUUCAAAAAGCUAAUGGAUUUAAUCAAAUCUUAAUAUUAAUUCGUCGAACAAAUAAAGAUAAACUACUUCAAGCUAAAGCAAUAGCAACAAUUGCUUGUACAAUUUUCGAUCAUAAAGAAAAUAAAGAAAUAUUAACAAAAUCAGUUAUACAACAAUUGUUUAAACGUAUUUCACUUUUAUUUAAUUCGUCGGAUGACGACGUUAAAACUGAAGCUGGCCUUGGAUUGGUUACUUUUGUUUGUAGUGAUGUUAAUUAUUACAACUAUUGUGCAGAAAAUAUGACUUUACAACAUGAAUAUUUUCGACGAUUAUUAAUAUCAAAGAAUAUUGCUGUUCGCUGUAAUGCAGCUUUUCAAAUGAUUAUUUUAAUUCGUAUUUUUUCUGAAGUAAAUGCUACCGCAUGGAUAGCUGAAGCAUUAAUGACUUUAUUUCGCGUUAUCGGUGAUCGACGUAUUGAUGAUGAAGAAAAAAUUUUGCCAUCAGAUAUUAUUGGAAGAUUAGCACGUAUACCAUCAGGUUUUGGAGUGCAUAAACAUUCAGGUGUUUGCGAAGCAAUUAUUACAAGUGAUGGUCUCGAACGUAUGAUUGCACUAUUAAAUAGUUCCAACAUUCUUCUGCAUGGUCUUGCAACUGUAGCAAUAGAACGUCUUGUUCAUGAUUCACCAGAAGGACAAAGAAGAUUAUUGAAACAAUGCCGUACUCACAUACAUUAUCUCGAUAUUCUGAAAAAAUUUGCUAUUGGACCAUCAAUAUUACGAACACGAGUUGAAGAAUUAUAUGCGUUGAUUCAUCAUGAGACAGUACAUUUUCCGCCGAUUCGUACAUCAUGA